AGCCAGGGCUGCAGGAGUUCAGGGGAGGCCAAGCUCUUCAUGGGUGGGUGGUCAGAGAAGGGUCCCUGGAGGAGGAGGAGGAAGGAGAGAGGCCCACACCCUAGAAUGUGGAGAGGGAGUAGUGAGGGUGACUCAGGGAUGCUUGGCCCCUGUGGCAUGCCCUUUGGUUUAUGAUGGCCACCUCAACAGCACCAACCUUUGCCCUGAAGUGAGCUCCUGUCAGAUAGCUGGAGGAGCCAGGCCAUCUCAGAGGCCAGUGGCUUGAUGAGGGGCUGGGGCAGUCAGGUGCCUUCAGCCUCCAGAACCAUGGGGACUGGGCUACGCAGCCAGUCCUUGCGAGGACCACGGCCUUCCUAUGGCAAGCUCCAGGAGCCCUGGGAGAAGCCUUCGGAGAGACGACUGUGCCGGGCACUAAGCCUCAGACAGGGGCGAGAGAAGUCCAGGUCCUCAGACAGAGGCCCAGAAGGGCUGGACACCCCCCAUCAGGAGCAGAUGCCAGGGGCCUUGGGGGACACGGAGCAGCUGAUCCAAGCUCAGCAAGGAGGCAACCGGCGAUGGCUGAAGCAGUAUCAGCAGCUGGUAAGGAGAAGGUGGGAGAACUUUGUCUCCAGCUUCCCCACUGUGACCCUAAGCCGGCCAGCCUCCCCGGAGCUCCCUCUGGCCACCACCAGAUAAGGGCUAGAAGCGACGGUGGCCCCUGCUGCACCCAGAUGAGACAGCCAUGUCCACUGACCUAUCCCCUGGGGCAUCUUCUGGACUGUGGAUGGUGCAGCCUCCUUUACAUGGACUGUUCCUGCCUUCUUUACCUGGUCUGCUGAGGCCCCUGCCACCAGCUCAUUCAAGGGCCCUGUGAUUGUUCCGGGGCUCUGACCCUCCAACUCCACACUAGCUCACAGCACCAGCCCCAAGGGGACCGUGAAAAGAGGGGACCUCAGCUCUUUCUCCUAGUGGAUUCUGCCCUCUGGGCAUAGGGAUACCCCUGGAUGGUGACAUGUAUGAGGGUCUAGAAACAUGCCCAGAAGGGGGCGUGUCGACCGACUUGUCGCCCCUGGCCCAACACAAGACCAGGCAGUAGCUUCCAGGACAGAACUCUGUGAAGCCAGGCCCAUGCUGAGAGAUGGGCGCAGUGCCUGGCCGCGGGCCAUGCCCCACCCACCCUUCUCACCAGCCGCCUGUGCUGGGCAGGGCAUGGGUGUCCCUCACAGAUGGUGAGCUCCCUCCCGGGCAAGGACCCUGCAUGGCAGUCCUCAGUGCUAGCACUCUGUGGCUGUAUAUAUAUAAGGCCCGGCCCAUAUACUGUGGCUUCCAGCCUCACAGUAUCCCAGUGACGAAAGCAGGGGAAGUCUUCUCUCCCCAUGUGACAGAAGGGGAAACUGAGGCCUGGGGGAUGGGAUUAUUGUCUUUGGCAUCUCCUGCCCCACUCCCACCCAGUUCGCAACACUGGGGUUGAACACAGAAAUAAAGAUUGCUGAGCUGAAGAACACAGUUGGCCUAGUGA